AUGUCGGCAUCUUUGGAAGCUUCGAAACCCACGGCUACAAUCAAGACCUUCGGAAAGUCGACAAGGGAGGUUCCUCACCACAGUCAGAAGGCGAAGCAAUGGUACCCUGCUGAUGAUGAGCCUCAGCUCAAAAAGAUUCGAAAAUCUAUUCGAGCAUCAACCCCGCGCCCAAGUCUAACCCCUGGCACAAUUCUCAUUCUCCUCGCCGGGCGCUUUCGAGGAAAGCGCGUCAUUCUUCUCAAGAACUUACCACAGGGUGUCCUGCUUGUAACUGGUCCGUUUAAGGUGAAUGGCGUUCCUCUUCGACGAGUCAACGCCCGAUACGUAAUCGCCACAUCUUACAAGAUUAACCUGGCAGGCGUUGAUCAGAAGAAAAUCGACGAGGUUUCCGGCGAUAAAUACUUUGCUUUGGAGAAGGGCGAGAAGAAGAAGGGUGAAGAGGCUUUCUUCAAGCAGGGCGAAAAACCAGAAAAGAAGAAACCAUCAAGCAGCCGCGCUGCUGACCAAAAGGCUGUCGACAAGACACUCUUAGCUACUAUCAAGAAAGAGCCCUUCCUUAUAGGCUACCUAGGAAGUACCUUUAGCCUACGAAAGGGAGAUCGUCCGCACGAGAUGGCGUGGUAA